AGGAAAUACUCUGUAUGCGCCACCUUCUCUGCACCGUGCCAAGCAGUUCAGCAGUCGCGCUUUCUUUAUGUGUAGCUCAUUUAUUCGCACUUCACUAACGCUUAUUAUUAUUAUUAUCGGCGUGUCUUUGGGCCUUGGUAACCUCUUCUUCAUUACAAAACCAACAAAACCCUAAUUCAUUAAUAGAGGAUUAAGCAUUUGGGGGAUAAAAGUACCGCACAAAUACAAGCAUUUCACUCGUGAGGUUUCCCUCUCAACGGAAUAAUUCAUGGACGAGUUGCGGCUUGAAUUCCUCACCUUCGUCGGCUACGAGCGACCGCAGGCCGGGCAGCCCGGCGAGGCCCCACCCACCAGCGGACGCGUCCACCUCGUAACUCUGCAAGGCGCAAGCGCGUUCCUCCACCUCUCCCCAACGUUGUGCUCGCCACACAGCGUGGCCCUGUCACCGCCGCCACCACCAUCCGCACCACCGCGCCCGCAGUUGGAGGAUACAAAUGCCCGGAACGAGCCCCUCCCUCCUGUCGCACGUAACGGCACCACUGGAGCGACGCAGCCGUCGCUGCAGCGCACGGCAGGCGGGGGAGAGGCAUCGGAGAAGUCGCUGCUGCACGUGCUGACGACAACGUCCGUCCCGCCCGAUGACUUUGAGGUGGAGUUCGUGCAUUCUGCGUCGUCCGCCUCGUCCGCGUCGUCGCGAUCGCCGUCGGCGCAGGAAACACCCAUCGCGGCUGAGGGAGACGGCCACGCACGCGAUGCAGCAGGCCAACGAGAGGAGGCGAAGGAUUCCAAGGGGGUUGCGCCACCGGCUUUACCAGAGGACAAGCAAGAGGAAAGAGAAGCGGAGGCGGAGGCGGAGCUGCAGAGCAUGAACUCCGGCGACGCGGUCUUGCCACCCAACAUGGAACACGGCAUCGAGCUCACCGUGCGGGAGGAGGACGGCGCGCAGCUGGACCGUACGCUGACGCGGUGUGCGCUGAAGCUUUUUAACGGACAGUUACCGCAGCAGCAGCAAACGCCACAACUGUCAGCGGAAGAGCGGCACCAAGGCAGCGACCGCACCAACGUGCCGUCUUCAUCGCAGCAGCAGCCGCAGCUGUGGUCCGAGGCGGCUCACUAUCACCGUGUAAUGCUGAUGGGUUACGACAGCGCCGGUGCGGUGGCCUACCUCAUGGCGGUGCCCUUUGCCCAGAAGGUGCCGCCGCUGUCGUCGUGGCGGCUGUUCCCCUUGCCGCUGCUACUGUGCCCUGUCACACAACUCACACAUCUCUACUCGGAGGCUCAGCAGCAAGAAGAGAAAGACGCGGGCGAGCAGCACCGCAACGACGGCACAGCAGCGGCAGCGGCAUCCCCGCAGCGCUUCCCAGUUCUCCCUCGUUGGUCCUUCGACUGCAACGCUGAGUCAGCCCAGAGCAGCCACGUCUCCUCCCCUCCUCGUCGCGUCUCCAACACACUUUCUCACGGCUCCCUCCUCGCACCGCCGCAGCCUCGUCCACCAGCGGCUGCAACGGCAGCAGCAGCGCUGCCGCCUUCGUCGUCGUCGUUGUGCUCAACCUCCCCCGACGCGUAUCUCAGCCCUCCGCUGCGGUGGCACUUCCCCGCUAUUGGCCACAUCCCUGCCUUAAGUCUUCCACAGAUCUUUCAAGUGGUACCGACCAAGGUCUAUCAGCUUGCCCGGCCGGUGGAGGAAGAGGUGGUCUUUGUCGGGGUCGCCUGUGGUGUGCCGUGGGUGCGUGAGGUGGUCGUGUCUCGACGAGGUGCCAACGGAGAAGAAGAAGCUGAUGAUGCUUCUGCUGCUGCUGCUGCUGCGGAGGGGGCUAGACGCGGCACUGCCCUUUCCCCCCACACCUCCUCCGCCUCUGCCUCUCACGCCUCGACGACGACCACCACCACCACCGCGGCUGUGUCGGCUGCGCCGCCGCCAGGGUACCGCUGGAAGGACCCACGCGGGUACGUCGUGCCACUCGUGUCCUGCCACGACGCGCGAGAUCUUCGUGGGCGAUAUGGACUGGUAGACGUCGCAGCGGAACGACCACCUCAGCAGCAGCAGGAGCAGCAGGAGCGGCGGCCGUCCUCCACGGCGACGCUCCCUCCGACUGCGCUGUCCCCGUCCGCAACGGUGUUCCACCCGGACAGCGAGAAGAAAGGAGAUGAAGCCGAGGGGGAAAACCUGCGGACACAUCCGCCGCAUCCAGCAGAGGAAGGUGAGGCCCACGAUACGCCUCCAACGCACAUCACCUCCACAGCUGCUGCCGCUGCUACUGCUGCUGCAACGGCAAUCUCAUCGACAGGGCAGGCGCCGCUUUACGUGAAGAAGGGCACUAUGGUGUUUGUGCCCGGCCGCUUCGGGGUCAUGCUGGAGUGUGUGGCGAAGCCCACCGUGCUAGAGACGCACUUCGGCGUUGCACACGGUGACCGCCUCGUGCAGCGCAUUGCGCCGUCAUCGCCGCUGCCGUCGUCCCACGACAACAGCAAUCAUCAUCCCGGUCUACCCCUUGCGGAGAUCAAGGAAAUGAAGGAGGAGGAGUCGCCUACGACCACUGCCGCUGUUGCGAUGACGGUGAUGGGUGCGUACCAGCGCAACGUGCUGGUCGUGUUGACUGAUGGGGCGAGUCAGGCAACGCUGUUUCCGAUUCAUAGAGGCGUCGCGGAGGUGGCCGAGCUCUUUCGCAAGGUGGCCGGCGCGCCUCUGCCGCCACCUGCCCUGCCGCUGGAGGAUUCUUCUCCUUCCGCACCGCCACCGCAGGCAUCGUGCGGGGCUGCAGCCCCGUCUGUGGCACCGCAGCGUAGCAAAGACGAAGCGACGUUGAAAGCUGCCCCUGCUCCUGUCGCUGCGGCGGCGGCAGCUGGGGCGGUCAUGAGCCAAGACUCAAUCAUACCACAAGGGACAGCCCAGGGUGGUGUGGAGGAGGUGCCGGUGCAUCUAGGGCCGACCAGCAUCUUCGUGGAAGAGGACGCACCUGACUUGGCGGCUGGCAAGUCGCUCAGAAAGGACGUGGCAGCGGAAGCGCCGGGAGAGGCGGAAGACGGCGACAGCGGUGACGACGAUGACGACGAGACCGUUCCGCUGCCCACCACGUCGCUGCUGGCCCCCGCGGAGGAGGUGACGAUCACGUCCGCGAGUGCGACCCCGACAACGGCGGUCCCGCCUGUCGGCGUGCUACCCGCUGUUCCGCACCACGUGGCGGACGCAGAAGAGCAGCGCCGGCGGACACCCUUCGAGGACUCGUCGCUGCCCACGGCACACGUGAGGGACGAGAACGAAUACUCUGGCUCGGCGCAGGUGCUGUCCUCCGACCACACCCCCAGCAUCCUGCCAACGCCUUCGGCCUCUCUGGCGCGCCGUCUGCAGUCGGAGUGCGACCAGGAAGACGAGGGAGUUCCAUCCAAUGCGUUCCAUCGUGCGGGCGAAGAGGGGAUCGAUAGACGAGGCGGCCCGAGCUUUCUGGAGGAGGUCAAUACUCGUGUCGCUGUUCCUGCCGUUGCUGUCGAGGAUGGCGUGCCUCUGUCAAGUGGAGAAGGGGGACUGUCAGCAGCAGCAGCACCCACCACCGCACACGAGGCGAGCGCCGCGCGUUCUUCCGCGUCGCCGGCAGCGGUGAUGCCGGAGUCGUACUACGCUUCCGAAUCGAGCGGCGUUGCUGCUGCCGCUACCCUUCCAGCGCCUCCGCAGGCCCUCGCCACGCCCCCCACCACGCACGCAAACGACGCCCUCCUUCACGAAGGUUUCACUCCGUCCUACUCCCCUCCGGCGGGGCCGGCGGAUGGGCACACGGCGCCGCGGCGUGGCGUCCCGCGUGGCGACGGGCGGUCCUACGACGGCGACACCCCGGAUGCGUCACUUCACCUGCGACCGCUGUCAACGGCCGCGUCGGCCGCCGUCACGCCGGCACCGUUUACAAAUUUCAUGAAAGCCUUCGCCGUCUUCGCCCUUCGCCAGCCUGCCGACGGUCACGCGAAGAAAUCUGCGGUGUCGUCUACCGGCUCGCUUGCAGGGGAGAAGGGGAGAGAGGGGAAUGCGCCAGCUCCACUAUGUGGCCUCCAACCGAUACUGGACUUCUACCGCGCGCAGCCCCUCGUGCGUGUCAGGGCCGCUACGGAAAGUAGAUGGCGUUGUCGUGCGGCGUGGUGCGGCGAUGGAAGCAACGCGGCGGUGCAGGACCUCAAGGAAAGCGCAUCAACGACCGUGUUUGAGGACCUCUGUGUGGACGAGCUCAUUGCGCUUCUCCGUGUUGUGUGA